AUCCCAACCGUCUCCAUCCCAACCGUCUCCAUCCCAACCGUCUCCAUCCAUAACUAUUCUCAUGUCUCCGCCGGGCGCAAAGCGAAAAAGUUACAUUUUUUUUACUUCGGCGACGCAUCCACGACACAGCAAGGAAGGGGGGCGUUUUAUAGCAUCGUUUCUGUUCCUGCUUUGGAGGAUCCUCGUUUUUUGUACGCUUGUUGAGAUGGUGCGGGUGGGAUUUGAGCCGGUGACGAUGGGAUUGCCCUUUGGUCUCUCUCCUUCGAGGGACCUUCCUAUAAUUUUAUUGUUUUCUGUUUACAGCUUGCUUAUCUUGGAGCUCGGCUCCCUACGAUAUGAUCGAUGGACGCCCGCUCUCUUUCUUGCUCUGUUGUCUCGCAGUGACUCUUCGUUGUCUUUUCUCUCUUGGACUCUCCCGCGCGGUUGGUCGCGCAUGGUUUAAUAUGCAUAGCACGUUUUUUUAUGUUUUGGGCGGGCGCGGGCAGGCUGCAUGGGUGGGGGUGUGAUGGGGCUGGUUUCUGGUUGUGCGAUUGGGACGGCUGGGGAAAAUGAAGACGUUGGUGAUGUCUUGAUGUAGUGGUGUAGGAGUGAAUGGGGGGUGUAGAUGGGGGGAUGAAUGCUGGGGGAGGGGAGGCGAGAGAGGAGGGAUGAGAGUGUAUCAAUCAAUCUAUAUAAGCUUUACGGGACGCACUGUGCGUUGGGUGAUUUAACCGGAUUCGCACACAGUGCUUGUGAUGAACACAUCCGACAUGAUGCCCUCUCUCUAUGUACGGGUUCAGACUUUGAUGCGACGCGGAUGAGAGCAGCUUUUAUACCGGAAUGGGCCAUCCGAAGGAAUGGCGACAAGAUGAGGGGUUCUGGGGGAUCCGUCAUGGGGAAACUGGGGACGUGGAUGGCGGAGGCGCAGGGCUGGGCUUUGGCUUCGGCUUGGCUUGGCUGUCUGUGCUUUGUUUUGGUGAAAGGCCGACAUCUCGCUUACUCAGCACCAAAGCCCAAACCCCAGACAGACACCCACGAUGGCUAACUUGGUUCUUAAUUAUAUAGGCCAGCCUCGGUAAGUUACUCUGCGAAAUUAUGGCACUGCAUUCAGCAGUUGGAGUAUAUUAAGUUGAGUUAUACCACCGAACUCAUCCCACUGAACUCAUCC